CGCACCGUCGUCGUAGAAGGCACGCGCGUUUGUUGAGCGCAUGCGCGGUGACGCCAAAGUGAACGUUUCUAUAUUUGAAAAAAGUAAUAGACAGGAGUGAGUGUUGUAUUUCGAUCGAAAAUUAUCAAUAAAAUCGAUUAUUUGAAGGAUUUGUUGUGAUAUCUCCAGUAAACUCCAGUUUGAUGGAACUCAGUGAAUAUUAGAAAGGAAUUUUUCUAACGUGAAAACGGGUUUGCGUCCCAUGUUUGUUUGUUAUGUAUUUCGUAAUAAUUUUAACUUUGAAUAAAUAAUAAUAAAAUUAUUUACCUACAUCGUUUUAUCGUGGGUGUUUGAAUUCAUCGAACAUCGAUAUUGAUUGAUCAAUAUUCCCAACUGGAUUCUAAUUGGAAAGAUUAAACUUUGAAGGCGGGUCGCUAACAAGGAUAUAAACAACAAAACUCCUUCGCUACUGAACGAAAAAAUGGCGCGAUUAUAAAGAAAAAAAUAUUUUACGAUGAUUAGGACGUUCGAUAUUCAAAAGUGAUGACGCUAGGAUUAAAGUGAGUGUGUGUGAGUGGAAUAAAAUCAAGAUGGCGUCACAAAUGAUUGUAGUGUUAUUGUUAAUAGUUUACUGUGUGAGUGUGUAUGGACAUGUUGCCCUCACCUACCCUCCAGCAAGGAGGUACGACCUGGAUUUUCUGGAUAAUUCCAGAACAAAGCCGCCUUGUGGAAUGCCUAAAGGAACGUUAAAAACAUCAUUCUUAGCCGGAUCAACGUUUACAGUACAUUGGCAUUUGGCAUAUGCACACCGAGGUGGAUUUAGUUUGAGAAUAUUAGACGAAUUGGAAAGACCACUUCUUGACUUAACACCGAGGGCGGGUGGAACUGAAUUCGUCCGAGAUGACGUCACUGCCCAAAAAUACGAGGUUCGUCUCCCUAGCGACUUUACCUGUGAAAAUUGCACGCUGCAACUGCAGAGGGAAGCCGGCGAGUGGGGCAGCAACUAUCGAUUCUGGUCGUGCGCAGAUAUCGAUAUAUUGCCACGUAAAGAAUACCAUGAAACGUGUUCAGGGCAUGGUUUCUACAUCCUCGGACGGUGUAAAUGUAACAAGAUGUACUCCGGCCCUCGGUGUCAGUUCAGCGACGAGUGCUCCGAGGAUAAUGACUGCGGUCUUCGAGGGAAGUGCAUUGAUGUCAACGCCACCGAAUCGCCGACUAAGAUGUGUUAUUGUCCAUUUGGGUUCUAUGGAAAAGGAUGUAAUAAGAAGGCGCCCUGGAAGGACAAGAAAGUGAACUUAGGCCUGUACAGUAAACGUGAGAUGUCUAAAAACUUCAGCCUGUACUGGCGGAUACUGAAGGAAGACGCAGAGAUCGAGGUCAUCAUGAUGGUCAAUGGGACUUCAUAUGCAGGUGUCGGUUGGCGCCCUAAUGGUUUGACAAAGGAAUGUAAAAACUUCCCAGUGUUGGGACCUGUGGUCGAUGGAAAAGUAACAACACAAAAAACGGAACCACUACCAGAACCAGAACCGAAAUCCGAACCAGAACCCAGCCCCGAACCGGAACCGAGUCCAGAACCAUCUGCGGAACCAGAACCGAGUCCGGAACCGAAAUCAGAACCGGAACCUACUGCAGUUCCAGAACCGAAAUCCGCACCUGAACCUAACGCUGAACCAGAACCAACAGCAAAACCGGAUCCGUCUCCAGAACCAGAACCGAAUGCGGAACCGGAACCGAGUGUAAACCCAGAACCGGAGCCAACGAAAGUGCCAGAGAAUGAUAAUAGAAAUAAGAGAGUCGCUAUGCACUCCCUAGACGGGUUUGACUUCAAAAACCUUGGUAACGACGGCGAAGUCACGGUGAAAACUAGUGUUUCAUACCAGGUGUCCAGUUCAAAGGGUCGUAAGAAGCGCGCAGUAACGGAACCCACGGAUUCGGAUACAACGACCACUCAUGUUACCCAUAAACACUCCGUUGUAUCCACUGAGCCGACAGCUUCUCCCGAACCUACAUCCCAAACACAAUCGAGUCCCGUACCCAGUGUUAAACCAAAACCAAAAACCAAACCAAAGUUCAAACCAAAGUCUAAACAGUUAGCUGAACUUACAACUACACCUGAACCCAGCCCUGAACCGACGACGGUACCAGAACCUACUACUGUACCUGAGCCUAAAUCGGAACCUGAACCAACUACACAACCUGAACCUAGUCCUGAACCGGCAUCUAAUCCUGAACCUACUCCCGAACCCUCUACUGAACCAGAGCCUUCACCUGAACCUACCGCAGAACCGAAGUCACUCCCAGAACCCAGUUCUCAACCUGAACCUAGAUCUCUCCCAGAACCUAGUGCCAAGCCAGAACCGAAUUCGGAACCGACUCCAGAACCUAACACCGAGCCUGAACCUAAAACUGAACCAGAACCUAAAACUGAACCAGAGCCUAAAUCUGAACCUGAACCUAAAUCAGAACCUGAACCUAAAUCCGAACCUGAACCUAAAUCCGAACCUGAACCCAAAUCCGAACCAGAGCCUAAAUCAGAACCCGAACCUAAGUCAGAACCCGAACCUAAGGCUGAACCUGAACCUAAGGCAGAACCCGAACCUAAGGCAGAACCCGAACCUAAGGCAGAACCCGAACCUAAGUCAGAACCUGAACCUAAAUCCGAACCCGAACCUAAGUCAGAACCUGAACCUAAAUCCGAACCUGAACCUAAAUCCAAACCAGAGCCGAAAUCAGAACCUGAACCUAAAUCAGACCCCGAACCUACAUCUAUACCGGAACCGAAAUCGGAACCGGAACCAAAUCCUCAACCCCAUCCCGAACCCGAACCUACCGCAGCAUUGGAACCUGAGACAUUGCUAGUGAAGGGACUUAAAGAUGACGCAGGUUACUUCCCCAAUCACGAAUACGUACCGAAGUUCGACUUCAACCCAAUGGACUGCACCGACAUCGUUAUAGGAACCGCUAAGGGCAACUACCAUAGAGUACUCGACUAUUAUACUAGAGACAGGUCAACGCCCCGAGUGGACACAUUCUGGGGUGGACACGAUGACAUCACAGCCGCGUCCGGCUACGAGGAAAACGGAGUCACCACCAUCAUGUUCCGGAAGAAGAUUAAGGCGAAAGAGCCGACCGACCAUUCGAUAGUUGACGACAACAUGCACGUGAUCUGGGCGCGAGGUCAGGAGCCGGGCAAGUAUGUGCACUCUCCUCCAUCCGGGCUGGAGCGUGGCACUGCUUCUGUGGGAGACUUCUACCGUCCCGACGAGUUGAAAUACCAUGGACAUGGAUCGCAGAGGGGUGUUGCCUCUAUCAAUUUCUUCGAGGAAACCAAAGUAUCGAUAUCAGGCGGUAUACUACCACUACCUGACAAGUGUGGGGGACAAUGGCGUCUCCCAGCAGACUGCGACCCAGCCAACAAGACGUGUGACUACGUCGCCACCUGGGAGUACCUGGGGCAGAAACGUGGCAAGGACUCCGUCCGGUUCACCAUAUCCACGAAACAGACCAAACAUUGGACCGGAAUUGGGUUCAGUGAUAAUAAGAAGAUGUCUCAAUCGGACGCUAUAAUAGGCUGGGUGGACUCCCGGUCUGGCCGGCCGUUCAUAAUGGACACCUGGGUGUCUGGAUAUUCCGCGCCCCGCGUCGACCCGCGACAGGAUCUGUCCCAGGAAGCUGGCAGCAUGGUCGACGGUAUCACCACUUUGAGCUUCGUCAGAAAACGGAAUACUGGUGAUCAGAAGGACCUAGGCUUCACAGACACGCAGUGCUUGUACAUGAUGUUCAUCCCCCAUGGGGGUGGCUUCGACCCGGCCAACAAGCGGACCAGCAAACAUAUGCAGACUCCCAUCGUCACUGACGAGAGGGUCUGCAUCAAGCCGUGUGGGCCUGAACCAAUAGAGGAAGAGGUAACAACGGAACCGGUAAUACCCGGGCAAGCGUCGUACACGAUGCUCAUCCGGAUCACAGGCCUAGCGGACAGUUACAAGCCCCCGGCGGCUGGGAGCAAGGAGUUUGAUGAGCUCAGUAAGACGGUGGCAGACAGUCUCGCCGCUGAACUGGGGAAGAAUAAGGGAUACCACGGUCUUCUCGUCAACGGGUUCAUGCAAAACGAAACAAAAGCGAUAAUAGCAGAACUGACUUUGAAAUCGAUUGAGUCCAACUCGAUAGAGGGCUCCACUGGUCGCGCCCUUUCCUCUGACAAUAGUACGGAGGACGGCGCUGAGCGCUGGGAGAGGGCCGUGAGGGAUACACUCGCACAGGGACGUGUUGGAAACCUUAAUGUAGAUCCCGAGUUUCUGGUGUUUGAGCCACAGAGCUUACUAUCAGAACGUCCGACGGAGGAGACAACAGGCAAUGCACGCAUGUUUUUCGGUCUAGCAGAAACCAAGUUGUACGUCGUAGUUGGAUGCGUUGCUGCAUUGAUACUUGUUGCAUUACUGCAGGCUGCAUGCACUGUCUAUAGGAGCCGGAGUGCCACUAUACAGACUAAGGACCAACUAAUACCAAGUUCAGCAUGGAAGGAUUACUCCUCGGCGAACACGAACUACGCUUUCGAACCUUUCGAAAACGAUGACAAAUAUAACAGCACCACAUCGACGGCACCUUUACGCCACAGACAGACCCCAUUAAGGCCUACAGACCCACCCCCACCCAGACCCGGCAGUGCCAACAAACACCCAUCAAAACCCAAAUCAAACGGAGUCAAUGGGCAGCAUGGGGUCAAUGGGCAACAUGGGGUCAACGGCCAACAUGGGGUCAACGGCCAACAUGGGGUCAGCCACGAAGUUAGACAUGGGAUGAAUGGACAUGGGACCAAUGGGCGGAUGACCCCGAAACAUCAGAAUAGUGCGGCCCAGUACUAUCAUGAGACAAGGUCUUUACAAAGGCCUAGAGGAGGCGGACAGUAUGGAUACACAGGUCGCCCCGACCGCGAGCGUGCGACGUACUCGCUGCCACGCGGUGCCCGAGGCCCGGAACCCGGGCUUUCUGCGCAUCCUGACUUUUACUUCAUGCCGUCACAGCGUAAAUACGAAGGUGAAGUAGUAAAAGUUUACGUAGACUAUAGAGGCAGACACCAGUAGUGUAGUGGGUAGCAAAAAGGUUAUAUUAUGACAAUUGGUACUAAUGAGGGUCAUUGUGAGUGAGAUAACUUACUCACGUACGUAGCUUAUAAAGUAGAAAUUAGCUUUCGCAGAAUGCAGACAUUCGAGAUUAAAAUUUUUGACAUUGAACAAAAAUUUAAACAAGCGCCAUCUGUUGAGCAAAAAAUUAAAUAAAACGGUAGUUCUCACUACCUACA